UCCAUUCAUCAGCAAUGUCAUGUACACCGUAUGCUUGAUCUGGGCCAAUUCUGAAUACUACAACAUUCCAUCCCGGAUCAUUGUCGUAUUGCAGGAGAUCUGUAACCUCUUCAUUGAUUUGACACGUAAUUUUCUGAGUCCCGAGGAAGUGCUCAAAGGCUUACAAGGUGAAAUUGAAGAGGUGCUAGGAGGGAUCAAGCUGGCUAUCUCUGUGAUAGAGAAACUCUACAAGACUUAUGACGUUUGUUGCACAGAUAUGAUGCCCAAGUUUUUUAAGGACAAAGAACCCCAGUACUGGGAGUUCCCUUCUACGCUAGUUUUCACUAGAAUGAAUUCAUUUUUUCACAGACUGAAGACAAUAGAGGAACUGUACAUGACUUCAAUUGAAUUUCUCAAACUGGAGAAAAUUGAAUUGGGAGGUGUGAGAGGCAAUAUCUUAGGGAGGCUGGUGGUUCAAAUUUAUGAGGAGGUUCUCGAAUAUGUUAAGGUCUUUGUUGAGUGCAAAUAUGAUCCUUUAGAUCCGGCAGAUGAGCAAUUUGAUGAAGACUUUGCAGCCUUCCAGAUCAAAAUUCAGGAUUUGGAUCGACGGCUGUCCACCAUUUUCUAUCAAGGAUUUGUUGACUGCUCCAGUUUUGAAUCUGCUGUCAAGCAAAUCCAUAUGUUUGCAUCCCUGUUGGAUCGACCAUUAAUAAAGGCAGAUGUAGCACCACACUAUGCAACCCUUCUGGAGAUGUUCAAUGUUGAGCUGGACAAUGCAAAGAUUUUAUAUGAUGCCCAAAUAGCUGCCACUACAGCAGGUGAUGGUGUGCCUCCCCUUAGCAAAAAUAUGCCCCCUGUUGCCGGACAACUGAAGUGGGCUUUGGAACUCCAGGAAAGAUUGCAGCUCCCAAGGAAAGACUUGCGGGCCAUCGAUCAUCCGGUUAUGUUCAGUUCUGAGGCCAAGCUGAUAUAUGCAAAGUAUGAUGAAAUGAUACGUUUGCUGCAAGGUUACCGUGAGAAAAUUUAUGCAGAUUGGAUUGGCCGGGUUGACAGAGACUGCCAGUUCAACCUAGAGCAGCCACUGAUCCAUAGAGAUCCAGAGACUAAUCUUAUUAGUGUGAAUUUCAGCAAAGAGCUUGUAGCUGUUCUCCGUGAAGUCAAGUACCUGAACUUUCAGCAGCAGAAGGAAAUUCCGGACAGUGCUGGAAGCCUCUUUUCUCAGAAUGAAACGUUUCGGAAGUUUGUGGACAACUUAGAUCUCAUAGUUGGCUGGUAUAACAAGAUCAAAAAGACAAUUUUGACAGUAGAACUUCCGCUGAUCAAGGGGGAGCUGCAAGAAAUUGAUGUUGGCCUGAGAAAAGCCGAGACCAACCUGUACUGGAGCAAUGAAGAUGUUAUGGACUAUAUUCAGGAGAUGCGAAAUAUCUUAUAUGAUUUAGAGACAAGAAUUCAGAAAACGAAAUUAAACGUGGAGAACAUUGGGCAGCUUAUGCAGGAAUGGUCAGCUAGUCCUUUGUUUGAAAGGAAAGACAAUAAGGAGACAGCACUCCUUGAUCUGGAUGGGAAACAAACAAACAUCCACAAACGCUAUGGCGCAAUCAGAGAUGCCGGGCAGAAGAUCCAGGCUAUGGUUGAGGAAAAUGCAGAAUUGUUCAAGGCAGACAAGACAACAAGAAUGUGGUCUAAUUAUGUGGAAUUCAUAGAUGACAUGAUUUUAGAUGGCUACUUUAAGUUUAUCCGCAAAUCGCUGCAAUUUCUGCUCAGCAACAUGUCUGCUGAUGCUGCUGUAGCCCCUUUGUUUGAAGUGCGCAUGGAGCUGUAUAAAGAUGAAUUGAGGUAUCGUCCAUCGCUGGAAGUGGGAGCAGAGGAAGGAUUUUUCGAACUGGUGGAAAACCUGAUGAACGAUAUCUACGAUACAGCUAAGCUGAUACCGCGACUGGCAAAAGGGAAGUCCAGCUAUAAGGUUGACCUAGAAGACAUGGGAGAGUUGAUGGAGAUACGAGAGGAGAUUGGGAACAUUGUGGUCAAUGCCAUGAAACAAGGUGAAGAAUACGAAGAUUCAUUUGAGAGAUAUUCGUACCUUUGGAUGGAUGAUCCCCACGAGUUCAUGCAGCGCUUCCUCACUUUUGGCCAUGCUCUAACACCUGAAGAGCUGGAGUCUCACGCAGAGGAGUACUUGCCUCAUGUCGCGCCCACCCUAGACCAGUUUCAGCUCCAGAUUGACACUUACGAGAAGCUCUAUGAAGAAGUGUCCAAGUUUGAGAAUACCAGAGUGUUCAACGGUUGGUUGCAAAGUGACUGUCGUCCCUUCAAGCAAGCGCUCCUGAAUACCAUCAAACGCUGGAGCCUGAUGUUCAAACAGCACCUCAUCAACCACGUGACCACCAGUCUUCGGGAUCUUUCCACUUUCAUGAAAGAAGUCAAUGCAGGCUUAACCAAACCUGUGAAGGAAGGUGACUACGAUGGGCUUGUGGAAGUGAUGGGACACCUGAUGAGGGUCAAAGAAAGACAUGCAGCUACUGACAAUAUGUUUGAGCCUCUAAAGCAAACCAUUGAGUUGCUCAAACUAUAUGGAGAAGAAAUGCCCGAAGAAAUCCAUAUGCAGUUGCACGAAUUGCCAGAACAAUGGAAUAACACCAAAAAGUUAUCAUUCCAAGUCAAGCAGAAUGUGGCUCCUCUGCAGGCAAAUGAAGUUACCAUUCUCCGAAGGAAAUGCCAACAGUUUGAGCUUAAGCAGCAUGAGUUCAGGGAGAAAUUCCGAGAAGAAGCACCUUUCACCCAUGUUGAUCCAGAUCCAUAUAAAUCCCUCAAUAAGCAACAAAAAAUGAUCACCAAUAUGGAGAAAGAAAUGGAAGCCCUAUCCAAAUCUGCAGGCUUGUUUGAGGUAUCUGUCCCAGAUUACAAACAGCUGAAGGCCUGCCAUAAGGAAGUGCGCUUGCUCAAGGAGCUCUGGGAUAUGAUUGUCUUGGUCAAUGAAAGUAUUAAUGACUGGAAGACAACCAAGUGGAAGGAAAUUAAUGUCGAGCAAAUGGACCUGGAUUGCAAGAAAUUUGCUAAGGAUGUGAGAGCCUUAGACAAGGAAAUGAGGGCAUGGGAUGCUUUUGUGGGACUGGAUAACACAGUUAAAAAUAUGAUGACCUCUCUCCGAGCUGUGACUGAGCUCCAGAAUCCAGCUAUUCGAGACAGACAUUGGAAAGAACUGAUGGAGGCCACACAGGUGAAGUUCACCAUGUCUGAGGAGACGACGCUUGCAGACCUACUUCAGCUGAAUCUUCACAAUUUUGAGGAUGAAGUUCGCAGUAUUGUGGACAAGGCUGUGAAAGAGUCUGGGAUGGAAAAGGUAUUGAAGGCUCUUGAUAGUACCUGGUCAACUAUGCAAUUUGAACACGAGCCCCACCAUAGAACUGGGACCAUGAUGCUCAAGUCUGAUGAGGUACUGGUAGAGACCCUUGAAGAAAAUCAAGUGCAACUCCAGACCCUGAUGACUUCAAAGUAUUUAGCACAUUUCCUUCAGGAAGUCUCAAGCUGGCAGCAGAAAUUGUCUACAGCUGACUCUGUGAUAAGUAUCUGGUUUGAAGUCCAGAGAACCUGGAGCCACCUAGAAAGCAUUUUCAUUGGCUCGGAGGACAUUCGCAAUCAGCUCCCAGAGGACUCUAGGCGUUUUGAUAACAUUGACAAGGAUUUUAAGGAAUUAAUGGCUGAUGCAGUAAAAACCCCGAAUGUGGUUGAAGCAACAAAUAAACCAGGUCUCUAUGACAAACUAGAGUCCUUGCAAAAAAGCUUGGCACUCUGUGAAAAGGCUUUGGCUGAAUACCUGGAAACAAAGAGACUGGCUUUCCCCAGAUUUUAUUUUGUAUCCUCUGCCGACCUGCUGGAUAUUUUGUCCAAUGGGAACGACCCCGUUGAGGUAUCCCGUCACUUGUCCAAGCUAUUUGAUAGUAUGGCCAAGCUGAAAUUCAAAUUGGAUGCAAAAGAGCAGCCUCUGAAGGUUGGCUUGGGAAUGUACAGCAAAGAGGACGAGUAUGUUGAUUUUGACAAGGAGUGUGACUGUUCUGGACAGGUGGAGGUUUGGCUAAACCGAGUGCUGGAGAGAAUGCAGAGCACAUUGCGCAAAGAGAUUUCUGAGGCUGUGGUGACUUAUGAGGAAAAGCCAAGAGAGCAAUGGCUAUUUGAUUACCCGGCACAGAUUGCUUUAACAUGUACCCAGAUCUGGUGGACAACGGAGGUUGGCAUUGCCUUUUCACGACUGGAGGAAGGCUAUGAAAAUGCUAUUAAAGAUUACAAUAAGAAACAGAUUAACCAGCUAAACACAUUAAUUACACUACUCAUUGGGAACUUAACCCCAGGAGACAGAAUGAAGAUUAUGACAAUCUGUACCAUUGAUGUCCAUGCCAGAGAUGUCAUUGCCAAAAUGAUUUUAGCAAAGGUGGAAAGCUCCCAGGCCUUUACCUGGCAGUCUCAACUUAGGCAUCGUUGGGAUGAUGAAAAGGGACACUGCUAUGCCAAUAUAUGUGACGCUCAGCUCCAGUAUUCCUAUGAGUACCUUGGCAACACUCCACGGCUGGUGAUCACACCGCUCACUGACCGGUGUUACAUCACCCUGACACAGUCCCUCCACUUGAUCAUGGGAGGAGCUCCUGCAGGCCCUGCUGGCACAGGGAAGACAGAGACCACCAAAGACUUGGGAAGGGCAGUGGGGAUCAUGGUGUAUGUCUUCAACUGCUCUGAGCAAAUGGACUAUAAGUCCUGCGGAAAUAUCUACAAAGGAUUGUCCCAGACAGGUGCAUGGGGAUGUUUUGAUGAAUUCAAUCGGAUUUCGGUGGAAGUCUUGUCUGUAAUUGCUGUACAGGUUAAAUGUGUUCAAGAUGCCAUAAGAGCCAAAAAGAAGGUUUUCAACUUCCUUGGAGAGACCAUUUCUCUUAUUCCAACUGUUGGAAUGUUUAUUACUAUGAAUCCGGGAUAUGCUGGCCGUACUGAGCUGCCUGAAAAUUUGAAAGCUUUGUUCAGGCCCUGUGCCAUGGUUGUUCCUGAUUUCGAGCUUAUCUGUGAAAUCAUGCUUGUUGCUGAAGGUUUCAUUGAAGCCAGGCUUCUAGCUAGGAAGUUUAUUACUCUCUACACACUGUGUAAGGAGCUGCUUUCAAAGCAGGAUCACUAUGACUGGGGUUUGAGAGCUAUCAAGUCUGUGCUAGUGGUGGCCGGUUCACUCAAGAGAGGAGACCCAGGACGGGCAGAAGACCAGGUUCUCAUGAGAGCUUUGCGAGACUUUAACAUCCCCAAGAUUGUGACGGAUGACUUGCCUGUCUUCAUGGGACUCAUCGGAGACCUUUUCCCAGCGCUGGAUGUGCCUAGGAAGCGUGAUCUAAACUUUGAAAAGAUAAUCAAACAGUCCGUUACGGAGCUCAAACUACAACCCGAGGAGAGUUUUGUGCUGAAGGUGGUACAGCUGGAAGAGUUACUCCAAGUUCGGCAUUCUGUGUUUGUGAUUGGAAAUGCAGGCUGUGGCAAAUCUCAGGUUCUGAAAUCUCUGAAUAAAACUUACCAACUGAUGAAAAGAAAACCUGUAGCUAUUGACCUUGACCCUAAAGCUGUAACCUGUGACGAACUAUUUGGAAUCAUUAACCCUGCUACCAGAGAAUGGAAAGAUGGCUUGUUUUCAACCAUUAUGCGUGAUCUCGCUAAUAUAACUCAUCGUGGACCAAAAUGGAUCGUUCUGGAUGGAGAUAUAGAUCCAAUGUGGAUUGAGUCUUUGAAUACGGUUAUGGAUGACAACAAGGUGCUCACCCUAGCAAGCAAUGAGCGAAUCCCACUAAAUCCCACCAUGAGGCUUGUGUUUGAGAUCAGCCACCUAAGAACAGCAACACCCGCCACAGUGUCCAGAGCAGGAAUCUUGUACAUUAACCCUGCUGACCUUGGCUGGAAUCCAGUGGUCAGCAGCUGGAUUGAGCGUCGGGAAGUACAAUCUGAAAAAGCCAAUUUGAUGAUCCUGUUUGACAAAUACUUGCCCACAUGUUUGGAUAAGCUGAAGUUUGGGUUCAAGAAGAUAACCCCUGUACCUGAAGUGACGGUGAUACAAACGAUCCUGUACCUUCUAGAAUGCCUCUUAACCCCAGUCAACACGCCUCCGGAUUCUUCCAAAGAGCUGUAUGAGCUCUAUUUUGUGUUUGCCUGCUUCUGGGCAUUUGGAGGAGCGAUGUUCCAAGAUCAGCUUGUAGACUAUCGUGUGGAGUUCAGCAAAUGGUGGAUAAAUGAGUUUAAAACCAUCAAGUUUCCUUCUCAGGGGACUAUUUUUGACUAUUACAUUGACUCAGAUACGAAAAAGUUCUUGCCUUGGACUGAUAAAGUGCCUGUAUUUGAGUUGGAUCCAGACGUCCCAUUGCAGGCCUCAAUGGUCCACACAACAGAAACUAUCCGGAUUCGCUAUUUCAUGGAUCUCUUAAUGGCAAAGAAAUGGCCUGUGAUGCUAGUUGGGAAUGCAGGCACUGGGAAGUCAGUGCUAAUGGUAGAUAAGCUGGACACCCUGAACACAGAUGAUUACUUAGUGCAAUCUGUCCCCUUUAAUUUCUACACAACUUCAGCAAUGCUGCAGUCUAUUCUUGAGAAGCCCCUGGAGAAGAAAUCUGGCAGGAACUUUGGUCCCCCUGGUACCAAGAAACUCAUCUACUUCAUAGAUGAUAUGAACAUGCCAGAAGUCGACAAAUAUGGCACUGUGGCUCCUCAUACCUUAAUCAGGCAGCACAUGGACCAUGGGCACUGGUAUGACAGAACCAAGCUGACACUGAAGGAUAUUCACAACUGCCAGUAUGUUGCAUGUAUGAAUCCAACUUCUGGAUCCUUCACAAUUGACUCGAGACUCCAGCGACAUUUCUGUGUGUUUGCGGUGAGUUUCCCAGGACAAGAUGCUCUUAUGGCAAUUUACAGCACCAUCUUGGGUCAGCACUUGGCCCUCCGAACUGUCCCCAUGGUGGUUCAGAAGAUGCAUUCACAGCUUGUUUCUGCAGCUCUGGCCUUGCAUCAGAAAAUCACAUCAACCUUUCUUCCUACGGCCAUCAAAUUUCACUAUGUUUUCAAUCUCCGGGACCUUUCUAACAUCUUCCAGGGACUUCUCUUCUCCACGGCCGAAUGCCUCCGAUUGCCGGUGGACCUGGUCCGACUGUGGCUGCACGAAGCCACAAGGGUUUACUGUGACAAACUUGUGGAGGAAAAAGAUCAGGAGAGCUUUGGCCGGGUCAUGAUGGCUACUUGCAAAAAAUUCUUUGAGGAGCUAGGUGACAAUGUUGUCUUUGCGAAGCCAAAUAUUUAUUGCCACUUUGCUCAGGGCAUCGGCGAUCCAAAGUAUCUCCCAGUUUCUAACACUCAGUCUCUGAAUAAGCUGCUUGCAGAAGCCCUGGACAGCUACAACGAGGUCAAUGCAGUGAUGAAUUUGGUGCUGUUUGAUGAUGCUGUAUCCCACGUCUGCAGGAUCAAUCGCAUCUUAGAGUCUCCCAGAGGGAACGCUUUGCUAGUGGGCGUAGGAGGGAGUGGCAAGCAGAGCCUGUCUCGGUUGGCAGCCUAUAUCAGCGCCUUGGAUGUGUUUCAGAUCACACUGAAGAAAGGCUAUGGGAUUCCAGACCUCAAAGCUGACUUGGCUUCCCAGUACAUCAAAUCUGCUGUGAAGAACACCCCCACCGUGUUCCUCAUGACGGACUCGCAGGUUGCUGAGGAGCAGUUCUUGGUAUUGAUUAAUGACCUCCUGGCAUCUGGUGAGAUCCCAGGUCUCUUCCAGGACGAUGAAGUGGAAAACAUUAUUACUUCCAUGAGGCCCCAGGUGAAAUCCAUGGGCAUGCAGGAUACUAGGGAAAACUGCUGGAAGUUCUUUAUUGACAAAGUCCGUCGGCAGCUGAAGGUGAUUCUUUGUUUCUCCCCUGUGGGGUCCACCCUCCGUGUGCGGGCAAGAAAAUUCCCUGCUGUAGUGAACUGCACCGCCAUUGACUGGUUUCACGAAUGGCCUGAAGACGCCCUGGUAUCUGUCAGUGCCAGGUUCCUAGAGGAGACCGAAGGAAUAGAGAAUGAUGUCAAGUCCUCCAUCAGUCUGUUUAUGUCAUUUGUCCACACAACUGUCAAUGAAAUGUCCAAGGUCUACCUGGCUACUGAGAGGCGCUAUAAUUAUACAACCCCAAAGACUUUCCUGGAACAGAUCAAACUGUACCAGAACUUGCUUGCUAAAAAAAGAGCAGAGCUUAUUGCCAAAAUUGAGAGGCUGGAGAAUGGUUUGAUGAAACUCCAGAGUACUGCCUCACAGGUUGAUGAUCUGAAAGCCAAACUUGCUGUUCAAGAGCUGGAGCUGAAACAUAAGAAUGAAGAUGCUGACAAGCUGAUCCAAGUGGUUGGGGUAGAAACGGAGAAAGUGAGCAAGGAGAAAGCAAUUGCUGAUGAAGAGGAGCUGAAAGUGCAAGUCAUUAACACAAAUGUAACAGAGAAGCAAAGGGCCUGUGAAACGGAUUUGGCUAAAGCUGAACCAGCUCUGAUGGCUGCCCAGGAAGCCUUGGACACUCUCAAUAAGAACAACCUGACAGAACUGAAGUCUUUUGGAUCUCCCCCGGAAGCUGUGGUUAACGUGACAGCAGCUGUGAUGAUCCUAACAGCUCCAGGUGGCAAGAUACCAAAGGACAGAAGCUGGAAGGCAGCAAAAGUCAUGAUGGGCAAAGUGGACAGUUUCCUGGAUGCCCUAAAGAAAUAUGACAAGGAGCACAUUCCAGAGAGCUGCUUGAAAGCUUUCAAGCCAUUUCAAAACGAUCCAACGUUCGAUCCAGAUUUUAUACUGUCUAAGUCCACGGCUGCAGCUGGUCUGUGUUCUUGGUGCCUGAACAUUGUUCGCUUCUAUGAAGUCUACUGUGACGUUGCUCCCAAGCGCCAGGCCUUGGAAGAGGCUAAUAAUGAGCUAGCAGAAGCACAAGCAAAGCUCACGCUGAUCAAGAACAAGAUUGCAGAUCUAAAUGCCAACUUGGCCAAUCUGACUGCUGAAUUUGAAAAGGCCACAGCCGAGAAAAUCAAAUGCCAGCAAGAGGCAGAUGCAACAAACAGAGUCAUAUCAUUGGCUAACAGGCUUGUUGGCGGAUUAGCUUCGGAAAACGUGCGUUGGGCCGAGUCUGUGGAAAAUUUCCGUGAGCAAGAAAAGACUUUGUGUGGGGAUGUGCUCUUGAUUACUGCAUUUGUUUCCUACGUUGGCUAUUUUACAAAAAAAUACAGGACUGAGCUUCUGGACAAGUACUGGACUCCUUUCCUCCAGCACCUAAAGGUGCCCAUUCCCAUCACCCCUGGGCUGGACCCUUUGAGCCUCCUAACAGAUGAUGCAGAUGUAGCAACGUGGAACAACCAGGGGCUCCCCAGUGACCGGAUGUCAACAGAAAAUGCAACUAUACUUUGCAACACAGAGCGCUGGCCACUUAUUGUAGAUGCCCAGCUCCAAGGGAUCAAGUGGAUUAAGAACAAACAUGGAGAAGACCUGAAGGCCAUCCGGCUUGGACAGAGAAGCUAUCUAGAUAUCAUUGAAAAGGCAGUUUCUGAUGGAGACACCCUGCUCAUUGAGAACAUCGGAGAGACCGUGGAGCCUGUGCUGGAUCCUCUGCUAGGCCGAAACACCAUCAAGAAAGGAAGAUACAUUAAAAUAGGAGACAAGGGUGGAGUACCACCCCAAUUUCCGCCUCAUUCUGCAUACCAAGUACUUCAACCCCCACUACAAGCCAGAGAUGCAGGCCCAGUGCACCUCAUCAACUUUCUGGUCACCAGAGAUGGGCUGGAGGACCAGCUUUUAGCUGCUGUGGUGGCUAAGGAGAGACCUGACCUAGAGGAACUGAAGGCUACUCUCACAAAACAACAGAAUGAGUUUAAGAUCAUCCUGAAGGAGCUGGAGGAUUCCUUACUGGCUAGACUCUCUGCUGCAUCAGGAAACUUCCUUGGCGACACAGCCUUGGUGGAAAAUCUGGAGACCACCAAGCGCACAGCAAAUGAGAUAGAGGAAAAGGUGAAAGAGGCUAAAAUUACUGAGCUGCAAAUAAAUGAAGCUAGAGAGAACUACAGGCCAGCUGCAGAAAGGGCUUCCUUGUUGUACUUUAUACUGAAUGACCUCAACAAAAUCAACCCCAUCUAUCAGUUCUCAUUAAAGGCAUUUAAUGUGGUUUUUGAGAAGGCCAUUCAACGGACUCCUCCAGCAGAAGAUGUGAAACACAGAGUGAUAAACCUAACCGACGAGAUCACCUACUCAGUCUUCAUGUACACUGCUCGGGGACUUUUUGAGAGAGACAAGCUUAUUUUUCUAGCCCAAGUUGCCUUUCAGGUCUUGUUGGUGAAGAAAGAAGUGAAUCCGGUGGAACUAGACUUCCUUCUGCGCUUUCCCUUUAAAGCUGGACUGGCAUCUCCAGUAGAUUUCCUGUUAGGUCAAGGAUGGGGUGGAAUUAAGGUGCUGUCUGAUAUGGACGAGUUCAAAAACUUGGACAGUGACAUUGAAGGUUCUGCUAAGCGGUGGAAAAAGUUUGUGGAAUCCGAGACCCCUGAGAAGGAAGUAUUUCCAAAGGAGUGGAAGAACAAGACAGCCCUGCAAAAGCUGUGCAUGAUGCGAUGUAUGAGGCCAGACCGCAUGACCUAUGCAGUCAAGAACUUUGUGGAGGAGAAAAUGGGGAGUAAAUUUGUUGAAGGCCGAAGUGUUGAAUUUUCCAAAUCCUAUGAAGAGAGCAGCCAGUCAACACCCAUAUUCUUCAUUCUCUCUCCCGGAGUUGAUCCCCUGAAGGACGUUGAAGCCCUAGGUCAAAAGCUUGGCUUCACCAUAGACAAUGGGAAAAUCCACAAUGUGUCUCUAGGACAAGGACAGGAAGUUGUGGCAGAACAUGCUCUGGAUGUGGCUGCAGUAGAGGGACACUGGGUCAUUCUUCAGAACAUCCAUCUGGUAGCCAAGUGGCUGGGAACACUGGAUAAGAAGGUUGAACGGUAUAGCAUAGGGAGCCAUGACGAUUACAGAGUAUACAUGAGCGCAGAGCCUGCUCCCUCUCCAGAUUCUCACAUUAUCCCUCAGGGACUCCUGGAAAAUGCUAUUAAAAUCACCAAUGAGCCUCCAACAGGCAUGCAUGCCAACUUACACAAAGCCCUGGAUCUUUUUACUCAGGAUACCCUAGAAAUGUGCACCAAAGAAAUUGAAUUCAAGUGCAUUCUUUUUGCCCUCUGCUAUUUCCAUGCAGUGGUGGCAGAACGGCGGAAAUUUGGAGCUCAAGGAUGGAAUAGGUCUUACCCAUUUAACAAUGGAGAUCUCACUAUUUCCAUCAAUGUACUGUAUAAUUAUCUGGAAGCCAAUGUGAAGGUUCCCUGGGAUGACCUGCGGUAUCUCUUUGGGGAGAUCAUGUAUGGGGGACACAUCACCGAUGACUGGGACCGCAGAUUAUGCCGGACUUACCUGGGUGAAUACAUCCGUAUGGAGAUGCUGGAGGGAGAAAUGAUGCUAGCACCAGGUUUCCUUAUACCACCAAACUCCGAUUAUAAGGGAUAUCAUGAAUAUAUUGAUGAAAAUCUCCCACCUGAGAGCCCUUACUUGUACGGGCUUCAUCCUAAUGCAGAGAUUGGGUUCCUCACUGUCACCUCUGAGAAACUUUUCCGCACUGUGCUGGAAAUGCAACCCAAAGAGUCAGAUGCCGGAGGGGGAACUGGUGUGUCCCGAGAAGAAAAGGUAAAAGCUGUGCUAGAUGAGAUCAUGGAUCGGCUUCCAGAGCCCUUCAAUAUGGUGGAGAUCAUGGCAAAGGCAGCUGAGAAGACCCCAUAUGUAGUAGUUGCCUUCCAGGAAUGUGAACGAAUGAACAUCCUUACCAGUGAAAUUAGACGUUCUCUGAAAGAAUUAAACUUGGGGUUGAAGGGAGAAUUGACAAUCACAACAGACAUGGAAGAUCUAUCAAAUGCUCUUUACUAUGACAAUGUUCCUGAUUCCUGGACAAACCGGGCUUAUCCAUCUUUGCUCAGCUUGGGAGCUUGGUAUGCUGACCUACUGCUCCGUAUCAGGGAGCUGGAGGCCUGGACAACAGACUUUGCCCUACCCACAACUGUAUGGCUAGCAGGCUUCUUUAACCCUCAGUCUUUCCUCACGGCCAUUAUGCAGUCUAUGGCUAGGAAAAACGAGUGGCCUCUUGACCGAAUGUGCCUUUCAGUGGAAGUUACCAAGAAGAACCGGGAAGAUAUGACAGCUCCCCCUCGAGAAGGCUCCUAUGUGCAUGGGCUUUUCAUGGAAGGUGCGCGUUGGGAUACUCAGACCGGUGUCAUCAGUGAUGCACGUCUGAAGGAGCUGACCCCCUCGAUGCCCGUCAUCUUCAUCAAAGCCAUUCCCGUGGAUCGUAUGGACACCAAGAACAUGUAUGAGUGUCCUGUCUAUAAGACGCGCAUGCGAGGCCCCACCUACGUCUGGACCUUCAACCUGAAGACAAAAGAGAAGCCAGCUAAGUGGAUUCUUGCUGGAGUUGCUUUGCUCUUACAAGUUUAAUGCCUGCGUUGAAAGCAAAGCCCUACCCACACGCCCCCCACUCCAUCAUGUCACCCCACCACCUUUCCCAAAAUAGAAACUAAGAA